UACUUUUAUUGUUAUUAAUAAGUUGUUUGUUAAAUACAACAGUUACAAUGAAAUACGCAUUAGUUUUUGUGUUUGCAUUUGUGGUGCUAGCAUGCGCCGAUGACCCCCUGGAAACAUUCAAAAAGCAAUUGAUCGAUCGUAUCGAUGCCCUGGAGAAAUUAAUUGCCGCUGAUGUCAAGCACUAUGAAAACACAAAAGCAGCAGGCUCAGGCGAGUUUCAGGACCUUAAGUCGGCACCCGAGACCUUGGAACAGUACCGUGCUGAUAUCACCAAGUACACGCGCAAGGACGAUUUGCUAGUGUACGUGGACCACAUGAACUACAUGGAAAAGUGGGAGACCGAGACCGUGCAACGUCUCGAGAAAAUCAUACACCCACCUACCUUGACAAAUUAAAUUAAGCAAUCAAUGCCAAAGUCAAUUGAUUAAUUUAAAUUGAUUAAAAUUUUCAGGAUUUAAAGUUUAAAGCUUCUAAACAUUUUGAUUAAAUAUAUUUUUGAUAAUUUGUUUAUGAAAUAUUACUGUAUUAAACAUUUAAUGAUUUUAAAUAAAUAAUUCAUAUCCAAACAACAUUAUAAUAA